AUGUUUAGGGCACUGGUUGCAGCCAACAAGCUCUUGAACAAUGGCCGCAAACAGAAACUGAGAAAAAAUGUAAAAACUGUGAUUCUUAUCUAUGCAAGUAACUACAGAGACAAAGACUUCAACGAUGCCAGAGAAUUGGCGGAAGAAAUCCGACGCAAUGGAACGGAUAUUAUGGCAGUGGCGUUUGAUCAAGGAGGAAAGAUAGAUGCCUUAGAAAGAAUGGUCGAGAUUGCCUCACCUGGACAUUUCUUCACCAGUAGACUUCUCUAUCUAUCAAGAUCAAUAAAGCAAGCACUUUGCGAAGUUAAUUGCUUCUGCAAAUCAAGUUGGCAUCAUUACACUGCCUUAAUUGGAAGAAAGAUUAGGAAGUACGGAGUUUGCUUACAAAUCGGCGAAAAAAAUGCAAACUGGAUGUCAGUAAGCGACUGCGGUCGAAUUUUCCAGGGAAAAAAUUGUCAUGGCAGUGGGCCGAAUAGUCCCGAAUAUGGUUUCCUCGCUCGUAAGGAUAAAUUCUGCAUUUUAUCAUUUGACCGGCAACGUAGGUAA